GCCCCGUCACUCAGGGUUAGGCGCUUGUGAUUGGCUGGGCUCUUGGCGUGUGUUAGUGAACAGUGCUCGGUGUGUGAUCGGUGGAGGAGCGUGAUCGCGUUUCUGGGGAAAAACAGCGAAUUCGGAAGAAGCUCAGAGAUGAUUGAGGUGGUGUGUAACGACCGGCUGGGUAAAAAGGUCCGGGUCAAGUGCAACUCUGAGGACACGAUUGGAGAUCUGAAGAAGCUGAUCGCUGCUCAGACCGGCACACGAUGGGACAAAAUCGUUCUGAAGAAAUGGUAUACAAUAUUCAAGGAUCAUGUGACACUGGGAGACUAUGAGAUCCAUGAUGGGAUGAACCUGGAGCUUUAUUACCAGUAGAGGGCAGCACACACACACACACACACACACACACACACACACACACACACACACACACACACACACACACACACACACACUCUACCAGUAAAUUGAGUAUUGUUGAUUACAUCAUGCAAGACAUUUUUGUUAAGUUCAGUUGUUUUGUUUUGAUAUUUGAGAAUAAAAUUAUUUAUAUACAUUAAAAA